AUACCAUUUCAUGUACGAGUUAAUGAAAACUGAUGCUCAAAACGAAAGUAGAACGUGAUCCCGAAGAAAAUUUUGUCCUUGUAGUUUAACAGAAAUCCUUCCCUGGUGUACAUGGAAGCUGACACUCUAAAACAAGAACAAAGAACCAUACUACGUGAGAGAUUUCUCCGCAUGUGUGCAGCCAUUACAGGACAGUCCGCUAACAUUUGUAUGCAUGAGAAGACCAGUGUACAGUGUGUAUUAAGUCACAUAGACAUUGAUGUCCAACACAUACAAGUCAAGGAUCUCCUAACUCCAAUGGGAAAAAUUCCUCAAGCUGUGCUCCGUCUAAGUGAUGUCAUUUCAAUUCAAAUUCCCGACCUUCAAAGCAAAGACUUCUAAAAUAUCUUGUACUUGUUAAGAGUUCACAGUUCAAAGCCUAAGUAAAUAAAACAUGUCUGAAUUGAAGGAAUUAAAGCGUCUGAGAGAUGAAGAGAGGACUUUGAUGAACAUUGCUAGUAAAUUAAGCGAUCAGUUGAAUCGGAUGAAGGUGGAGGAGCUAGCUCUACUGAGUAUGUUACACAAGGAGGGACUGCCAGACAAAAGUGAGGAGAACAAGGAGGAGGAGGGGGAGAGAGAAGAAGAGGAGGAGGACCAGCAACCAUCAACUUCACAACCAGUGACAGAGGAGACAGAAGAGCUAGUUCCCUUAGAUCUCUCUGUGCACAAUCUACAGCAGGUGGAAAGAAUGGAGGAAGAAGAAGAGGAUUUUGAAGAUGAUGAUCUCACAAUGAUGAUGACACAGAUAAAUGGAUGAUGAUUAUGAUGUUUAAUGAUGAAAAAUGAAGCAACAUUUCUCCUAAAUCAUUCUGCAUACAUGUAUUUCAUGUCUGGGGAGAAUAUUAAAAAUGCUUAGGAUACAGUUUGUUACAGCUUAGAAGAAUAAGUAAUUCUGAAUGUCUAUCUCUAAGACCCUGAGAUGUGUUACAAAAUGUACAAUACAUGUAAUAAUACCGUAUUUUGUGUUCAGUAAUUCUAAGACAAAAUGAAACUUUACAUUAAUGAAUGUGUUACUUUCAAUUGAUGACAAGUUCAAAUUUUCUUUAAAACUACAGUGUACAUGUUUUUUUAUAGUAAUAUUAAAGGUUAAAAAGUUGAAA